AUGGGCCAGGUCAUUUUCAUUACAGGAGCCAAUCGAGGCAUCGGAAAAGGCCUUGCAGCGCACUAUCUUGGGGAGACGGACACCACUGUCAUUGCAGCCAUUCGAGAUGUCUCAGCUGAGAACACCAAGGAACUACGGUCUUUGCCAACGGGCUCUGGCUCCCAAUUGAUUCUCGUGCCGCUCAGCCUCGACAUCCCAUCGAGCGCCACCGAGGCCAUUGCCGAAAUCCAAACCCAGCAUCACAUUGAACACAUUGACAUUGUCCUUGCCAAUGCAGGGGUUUGCAGCCACUGGGGCCCUGUGGUGGACAUGACGGAUGCGGACGUGCUGUCCCACUUCGAAGUGAAUACCCUCGGACCACUGAGGCUGUUCAGGGCCACAGCACCAUUGUUGCUGAACGCCAGCCAGCCCAAAUUUGUCUACACCUCUACUUUACUGGCAAGCCUUGAUGAGAUCGAACGCAUCCCGUCCAUGGCCACAGCUUAUGGAAUGUCCAAGGUGGCGGGCAAUUACCUGGUCAGGAAAAUCGAGGCAGAGAACCCGAAGCUGGUCGCUUUAUUAGUCGACCCUGGACUUGUCCAAACAGACAUGGGUAGUCGUAAUGCGCAAUUCAUUGGACUGGAACAAGCUCCGUUGACCGUCCAGGACAGCGUCCAAGGAAUCACCAAGCAGAUCAAGGGGGCACAAAAGUCAACUACACCGGGUCAAUUUGUUAACUAUCUCGGCGAGAGAGUACCAUGGUAG